AUGAGCACAGAAGAAAGCGUACAUACUCUAUCAGACGGACUUGAGCUGUAUGCCAAGACAUGGAAGACCAGUGGGUCUCCACUUGCUGUUUUGGCUUUUAUCCAUGGCUUCAGUGACCACUGCAAUGCCUACCACGAUCUGUUUCCAACUCUAGUGUCAGCAGGCGUUGAAGUCAGGUCUUUUGAUCAGCGAGGCUGGGGCCGUAGUGUCAAAAAUUCCCGCGACCGUGGUAACACAGGCACAACCUCCCAAGUCCUCUCAGACAUCCACUCUUUCUUGCAAAGUUUACCAUCCCGCCCCGACGUGCCCCUCUUCUUAAUGGGCCACAGCAUGGGCGGCGGCCAAGUCCUCAACUACAUCUUCCACCCAGAGUCACCCUACAACGGAGACAAAUCCAACCGGCCCAAGUUCGCCGGCGUGCUUCUGUACUCCCCUCUAAUCGCCAUAGAUCCAUCCUCCCGCCCCUCAAAACUGACAGUCUCAGCCGGGCGACUUGUCGCAAAGUUGAUUCCCCAUAAGCAGCGGUAUUCCCCGCUCGAUGCGAAUCUGCUGUCCCGUAACAAGGAUGUGGUCAAGGAGUUCGUGGCUGAUACGCUGUGCCAUGAUACGGGUACUUUUGAAGGGUUGGCUGGCAUGUUGGAUCGGGGGAUUUGGUUGGAGGGGAUGUUUGCGGCUGGGGAUGGGGCUUGGGCGAAGACUGAGCUGCCGUUUUGGUUUGGACAUGGCGAUGGGGAUCUCAUUACUAGUUAUCCUGCGACCAAGGACUUUGUUAAGGCGUUGACUGAGAAGGGUGGGGAUGUGAAGUUUUGUUCUUAUGAGGGGGCUUAUCAUAAGUUGCAUGACGAGUUGCCUGAGACGACGGAGAGGUUCUUUGCGGAUGUGAAGGCUUGGAUUUUGACUAAGGUGCCUGAGACGAGACUGGAGGUUGUUCAGGAUGAGGUAGAGCGUGUUGAGGGUGAAGGUGGCAUCGACACUGCCGUUCAUCAGGAUGUGGAGACCGAGGGUAAAGCGAAGCUGUGA